CGAUACGUUGGUUGACAUCGCGACUGCGUGUAUACGCCAAGUGACCUCGGCCACUCAACUGCAGAAAUAAGGUUUCAACAAAUCAGUCGUUAUCCAGAUAUGAAGACAUCAAGAAUUUGCAGGUAGACUUCAGCUGCCAGCGAGAUCAUUUUCAAGAAGCACUGAUACCAAGUUAGCAGCUGUCGCACCUCCACCAAACCUGCUUCUCUUCACACCUUUAUACAAGCUUUCAGCAUGUAUCAGAUUGUCCCAGGAGCUCCUGGAGAGCAGCAUGUGAUUGACAGAGCCCAUGGCUCCCCGCGGAAAAAGAAAUUCCAACAGGAUAGCCGGCCGAUGGUGCUGGCAGGUCUGUUGGGUGGUGCACUGGUUCUGGCCGCUGUCAUCUCCUGGUUCUAUUAUUCAUUGUCUCUUCGUAAAGCCCAGCUGCUGAAGACCGAGUUGCUGGACCUGAAAAAAGAUGGCUACAUUAUACGGAACCACGCAGGGGAUGCUGUCUUCACCAUGGCAUUCAGGUCUGGCACUCUAGAUCUGGACUCCUGCACAAAGGAGGGACAUAUUCUCGGCUGUACUCGGUCAGAAACUGGCAAGCUGAACUUUUUCAUCCAGACAGUCCGAGAAAAGGACACGGUAAUGUGCUAUCACAUUCGCUGGGAGGAGCUGCUGGAUGUAAACUCUGUGGAACAUGCCAUGGCCUACAAUGACUCUCACUGGUACGGAGGAGCAGAGAUGGCAACACAGUACUGGCCUAUGAGAAACCAAGGGGAAGAGGAACCGUCUCCUUUCAUCACCAGCGAUGUUUACUCCAAUCGAAAUGCAUUUGGGGGAAUCCUCGAGCGUUACUGGCUGUCUUCCAAUGCAACCGCAAUAAAGAUUAAUGACUCUGUCCCUUUUCAUUUGGGCUGGUCAGAGAAGAAUAGGACUCUCAGAUUUGUUGCCCGAUACAAGGGCUCUCCUUUUAAACCACUGGUGGGACAUUCAGGCUUCCCUGAGCUCAGCUACAGGGUCUGUGUGGGGCUGGAUGUCACAUCACUCCACAAACAUAUGGUGCGUCGAUACUUCCCAAAGCCCAUCAACGUUCCAUCCCAUGAAGUGUUCAGAAAGCCGGUGUGGUCCACUAGGGCUUUUUAUAAGUCAGCUGUAACUCAGGAGAAGCUGCUGCGCUACGCAUCAGACAUCAUUAAAUAUGGCUUUAAGUGGUCCCAUCUGGAGCUGGAUGAUCGCUACACCACUGACUAUGGAGAGUUUGACUUUGACCCCCAGAAGUUCCCCAAUGCCAGCGGUAUGUUUGAAAAACUCAGAAAAGACGGGUUUCAGGUGACUCUGUGGACACAUCCUUUUAUCAACUACGACUCCAUAAAUUUUGGAGUUGCUCUGGAGAAAGGACUGUUUGUCCGGGAGCCAAGCGGAGAUCUGCCCGCCCUGGUCCGAUGGUGGAACGGGAUUGGAGGCAUCUUGGACUUUACAAACCCAGAAGCUUCUAAAUGGUUCUUGUCACACUUAAAUUCCCUCAAAAGGCACUAUAAUGUGACGUCAUUCAAGUUUGAUGCAGGGGAAACGAGCUACCUCCCUCGUCAGUUUAGCACUCUGGUCCCGCUGUCUGACCCCUCCACCUUCACCCGGCGCUACUCCGAGAUGGCCAUACCUUUCAGUUCACGUGCCGAGCUCCGUGUGGGUUACCAGAGUCAGAAUAUCUCCUGUUUCUUCAGGAUCAUUAACAGAGAUUCAGUUUGGGGAUAUGAGCUUGGCCUCAAGUCCAUCAUCCCCACUGUUCUGACUAUAAGCAUUCUGGGAUACCAGUUUGUCUUACCAGACAUGAUAGGAGGAAAUGCGUACCCCAACCGCACUGCAGGUUUGAUAAACGAAACACAUGCUCUGCCAGACAAAGAGCUGUACAUCCGAUGGUUGGAGCUGUCCGCUUUUAUGCCUGCCAUGCAGUUCUCCAUACCACCUUGGGCUUAUGACGAUGAGGUGGUUCAGAUAGCACGUAAGUUCUCAGAACUCCAUGAAACCGAGGUGGCUCCAAGGGUUCUUGAGCUGGCAGGAGAAGUUGUUGGUACUGGAGACCCCAUCAUAAGGCCUCUGUGGUGGAUCGCCAAAGACGACAAGGCAGCCUUUAAGAUUGACUCCCAGUUUCUGAUUGGGGAUGAUCUUUUGGUGGCUCCAGUGUUGGAGCCAGGAAAACAAGAGAGGGACAUUUACCUCCCAGCAGGCCACUGGAAAAGCAAAAAAGGAACGUACAAAGGUCCCAUGUACCUCACUGACUACCCUGUGGAUCUGGAUGAGUUAGCUUACUUUUUAUGGGUUGAGACAUAAAAAAGUAACUUUACAUAAGGUUGCACUGACAGAUGCACUGUAUGUUCAGCAAGUAAGCCAGUAAAUGACAGAGAAUGUUUGCUUUCUACAGGGAAAGUUCACAUUUUGGUGGAUGCUGAGUCUAUGCAUCCAAAAAGCUGCUCCUCUUUGCCUAAAUAAAUAAUUUCCCUUUUUGUAGAGAUGCACCAAUCAGAUCUUUACUGACCAACACAGAUCUCUGAUUUUCUUUGAAGUUAGACCUGCUGAUUUAUGUUUUUUCCCUAAGAACUUUUAACACAUAGAAAAAACAUGUCAUGUUAGAAAACUUAAUUCAGGUCCAGAACUCCAAUGAAUAUUCUGUUUAAUAUUUACCACUAGUUAAAAAUGUGUGACCAGUCACACAAAAACACUAUUCUGUCUAGAAUAUGUACAAAAAAAGAAGCUAAAACUGUCAAAUUUGACCUGAAGAAAAUAAUUUCAAUUUUCUUUCUUGCAACUCCGAGAGUGGGAACUAAUUUCUCUGCUCUUGUGGAAUAUGUAUGAGCCUUUAAUCUCAUUUCCCUUGCUGUACACAAAUACAGCAUGUAAUUUAAUUCACUGACUCAACGUCCUGAUAUUUUGAAGAAAGUAAAAUAAAAUGCCAGUAAAAAAUGACAUCCUUUGUCAGGAGAACACUUUGAAUCCACAUUCUUAAUCCCAGUAUGCAUACACUAUUCAAAUGUGGAUCUUUAGCUUUUAUAGGUUUAAUGAAUAUAAAGAAAAUCAGAAUCUGCUUUGCAAAUUACUGAUCAGAGCCUAUCAAGCCAGAUAUGGUGAUUGAUUUGUGCAUCUCGUUUUUAGUUUUCUUUACAUUUUUAUGCCAAACCUCAUCCUUGUGUGCCUUCCAUCAAGCUAAUCCUUGAAAGUGCCAUAACUAAAGCCUUCCUUUGUAGUGCAAAAAGCUAAUUCUCAAUGCCUACGACCAUCAGCUUUAGAUGACAUGCAAAUAGGGUCAUGGUUGUGUGAGAGUGUUUUUUUUUUACUCUGUGAAGUACAGUGUAAACUAAAAUACAGGGUAGCUCAGAAACUGUGCCAUAAGAUAAGGAAAGCAUCUGCUCUGGAUGCGAAUAUGGACCCUGACUUGGGCUUUUGGACCACUGGUAAAAGUGCUUGUCUGAACUUGCCAACUUUUCAACUGCCCAAGUUAACACACAUAAACUUACAUUUUUGAUUUCUGCACUUUAUUGUAAUUUCACUUGACAAUAACAAACAGCUUAAGGAGAAAUCCUGUCAUUCCAGGUACUUGUAAGCAAACUGCAAAUUCCUUACAGGCUGGUGAUUCCUGACCUAUUGUGCCAUUUCAUUUUCAAAAUUGCACAAGCUAAAUUUAUUCCUCAGGGUGCCAUUAAUGUUGAGAUGUUCUUUAUUUUCAGUAGCAGAUUUAUUAUAAACUAUUAUUUUUUAUGACGCCAUAGUUUUCCUGCUCUUCACAUUUGCCUUGUAGUUUUUCUUUUCUUAUCUCUGCUUUGCAAAGUAAGUAGCAAAGUCUUGAUACAAUUCUGUACACGCUGAAAUGCUUGAAGCCACGUCUUUGCAAAUGCAUGAACUAUUAUGCAUUUACAGUGAAUGCUAGCAUGAGACAAAAGCACAAAGAUGUUUAAAUUAUCUGGAUGUAGCACUCUUAAUAUAUAGAUAUGUCAUGAGGUUUGUCUUCAGACUUGUUUUGCUUUCUAGCAGAGCUAAAAACAGCUGGCAGGAAGUGAAAAGAUGGCAGCAGAAUGUAAAAUAUUUCCUUUGCAGAAAUUUUAACCACCCAAAGGCUUUUUAAAGGGAACUCCAUUAAUAAAUCAAAAAAAUACAGUGAGUUAUUUCUGACAUGUUUAUUGAAAUUAACCCAGGGACCUCCAGCGUGACACUAGAGAUCUUUCAAGGCUUUAAGGGGGAUUUUUUAAAAAUUUUGUUUUAAUGGUAACCUUUUGGCUGCUGCACAUAAACACUUGGUAUUUAAAGGGCGAGUGCCAAACAAUAUGAACAAUGCAUUAUUAAUGCAGUGCAUGUAUGUUUGAAGUGUACCAGAGAACUGUGCAUUCCUCACAAUGAUUCUGUAUGGAUUUCCUAACAUUCUGUAGGUUUGAAUGAAUAUGAAUAUGCUCUGCAACAUUGUACCAUAUUGUAAUUAUAGUAUUCAUACGUAAUAUUUUUAACAAGGUUGUAUGUGUAAAAAAAUAUUUUUAGUUCUCACACUCCUUAUAGUGUUUGGCUGGUAAAUCUAUGCCAGCAGUGUUUCUUCUGAUUAUUGACUUUCUUUAUUUCCACUUCUUUGAUUGAAUGUACUGCAGGACAUGCAAAAACCUGAUAUGGCAUGUGGUUCCAGCACAAUCUCAGUUAUCUUCCUCUUCCAGUAUGAGGAACACUUCUUUUUUCAGUGUUAAACUCAAUCUAAUUUUAGGUUUAAGUCAUGCGAUAUGUUAAAACAGUCACAUUUGGUUUCCCACUUUUAUUAUUUUGCUUCUAUGUUAAAAUGUUUUUGGGCACAAUCUAACCUUAUUGUGUUGAUUUUGACUUGAUUUGUUUCACUAAUAAAUAUAAUACAUUUUAACCAUU